AUGCCGACACUCUGGCCCUUUGCGGCCACGUCCUCCACCUCUUCACUUCCUUCGACCGACUCGGUUCAAGAUGCCUCUACUGGCAGCGACGAUUCGAGCGGGGCAGCAUCAAUCCCGCCACUAAUCAUCUGCGAGGGUUUUCUGUCGGCGGCGCAAAGCGUGGUGUGGGGCAACGAGUUCCGCACCUACCUCGGAGUCGGCCACCAGCAGCUAGUCGAUCAAGCCUCGCCACCUUCAUCGCCACGCUCACGACGGUCGGGGUUGGGUUCUUCGCGCGCGGUCGUAUUUGCGCCCAUCGGGCCCGUGUCGAGUCUGCACGAUCGAGCGUGCGAGCUCUUCUACGCGCUGCGCGGGGGUACGGUCGACUAUGGCGCCGAGCAUGCGCGCGAACAUCGCCACUCGCGCUUCGGACGCCACUACGCCCAGCCACUGUGUCCGACAUGGGGUCCCAGCAGCGACACACCGGGCUUACCAGCCCAUUUUCUAGGACACAGCCUGGGAGGCCCCACCAUCUUGAAGCUGCAACAGCUACUGCGACAGGGAUUCUUCGAUGCCGCCCUCGGCAUUCCCAGCAGUGACGCUGGCAAGUGGAAGGCUCAAGACCUGGUACUCUCGGUCACGUCGGUAUCAUCGCCGUUUAGGGGUACGCCGCUGGUGUACAGCCUGGGCAGCGAGCCGCUACCGUAUCCCAAGGUGCGCAUGUUCUCGUUCGGUGACAUGCUCAGCAAGCUCAUCCACAUUGCCGCCUGGCUCGAUCUGCCCUUCGACGUGCAUGCCGACGCAUGGCAUUUCUCGGCCAGACGCAAAGCCAUCCGUCGCUCCCAAAUCGCCGCCGACACGGCCGCGCCAGCACCGGAAACCCCGGCGGUUCCUCAAGCCGGCUCAAAGAUGGACUGGACCACGCAGGAUGAGGCUUCGGGCGUGCGCGAGUUCCUCAAGCAGCUGUGGAAGAGCGAUUGGGCAGGAGGGCGCGAUUGUGCUCCUUGGGACUGUACAUUUGCCGAACGCGACCAAGACCGUGCCGAGGACGGUUGGGGUCUCGACAUCGACCCUUCGCGCGAGGGAAGAACGUGGUACCGAUCUUAUGCAGGCGGGAUGACGGUCCCCGAAGCCAGCAGCAUAGAGGCGGGACCAUCGUACCACCGACCCGAGACGUACUGGUCAUUAUCGCCGCUGACCUUGACCGCGCAUCUGAUUGGGCAUUUCGACUACUCGCGUCUGCAGCCUACGCCAUCCUUCCUCUCGGCUGCGGAGAAGAGCGAUGGUGACGACGUGCAGGCACGCGUGGCGGAGCUAUCAUCGGCAUGGUGGCAGAACGACGGCGUGGUCCCGCUAGCAUCGCAGUUUCAUCCGCUCGACUGCGAUCCGACUCGAUGCACACACUUCAACGGCAUGCCCGCUUCACUCCCCUUUGGCACGCGCAAGAAACGGCCCCAGUCGACAGACCUCCGCCCCUCAGUCGCGGGAUCCGAGCAUCAAGAGCUGCUCCCCGUGCCUGCGACGCAAGCGCGCAAGACAAAGUCGAUGCUAGGUUCGGCCACUUCGGCUGCACGCAUUGCGUUCUCGACGUCGCUGCGCGCGUUGGGCGACGAUCCGCCCCUCGUCACGCCAUCCGAGGAAGACCUCCGAUCCUUCCUCCCCAGCCUGCCGCCCUCUGAGGCCAUCCAGGCCACUGCCGAAGCAGUCGACCCCGAUGGAACCCACAGCGUGCAGACGGACCUCGUUCAACCUGCGCCGAAUCGGUGGUACACAUUCGAGAUCGACGGUCUGGACCACACUUCGCUGUGCCCCUUCUGGACGGGCAGCGAGGUUCAGAAACAGUUCUGGACGGGAAUGGGCUUCUUCCUCGCCUCGGUCGAUCGCCAGACGGGCUUCUCCAUGCACGACAUCCACAAGCGCACCGCAUGA